AUGCUAACGCUGCAAACUCGUCAGGGGGAGAGUGGCUUCAGAGACAGCAGCAACAGAAAGUUUGCUAAUCUGGCAUGGAAUCGGUCUGUGGAGAACUGUGCAUGCAUCCUCCAUAACCUGACCUACCAACUGGAGGCCGAGUCCCCUGAAUGCUUCAGCAGGUUCCAACCUCCGGUGGAAGGCCAAAUUGGGAAUAAGAAAAACGCCCCGAUUGGAUGCUUCAGCCCGAAGAGCGGCAAGGCUCAGAAGGAGUUUUCAUUUGACAAACUGCCAGAGGACAGCACCCCAUCAGGUGUUAAGUGGUUGUGCCAUCCAAAAGCCAUGCAGACCUACCUGUCACUGCUGGGCUCGUCCCAGAAAGGUGCCACCCUGGAGGCCUGCUGUGGCGCCCUGCAGAACCUCACUGCCAGCAAGGGACUGGGCUCCAGUGCCAUGAGCCAGAUUCUGGUUCAAAAGCUGGGGGCUCUGCUGCACCUGUCCGCUCUUUUGAAGUCUCCCAACCGCAGCCUGCAGAAGGCCGCCAUGUCCCUGCUGAAUAACAUGUCUCGGAACGACAGCUUGCAGACCCCCAUAGCAAAGCAGAUUCUGCCUGAACUCACCGGCCUCCUCACCUCCAGCCCACGAGAGAUGGGAAACUCUGAUGAAACUAUAGCAACGGCUUGCAGCACAGUCCGCAGUCUGAUGUUGGCGGACCCUGAGGUCACCAAGAAGUUCAUCAGUAAUGAGCUGGUGUCGUCGGUGGCUGACCUCAGUGAGAACAGGUCUUUCCCCAAAGGCAGCAAAGCAGCUUCCCUGCUGCUCUACAGCUUAUGGAAUGAAAAGAAUUUGCAAGGUGUUUUGAAAAAGCUGGGGAUGGCCAAAGCACUUUUUGUCAAUGAGAACACCACAGCAGCGCACAGGUCGGUGCAAGUUAUCGACUGAGUGUGACGGACAAGUGGAAAAGGCACCACAGAGGCUGAGAGAUGGAAACCAGCAUGUUUAGACACUGCUGCGGCCACACCUGUGCAACGAGGAGAGUAAAAUUACAUUCUUCACAUAAUAGCCUUGUUGAGAGAGCCUAUCAGUUAAGAGUGAGUCACACAUUGUACAUACGUUAGUGAAAAGAGAGCUUUUAAUUUCAUGAUAAAUCCUGCGGUGUUUUAUGUAUUUAAUUUGGAUAUGAUGCUGUUUGUGUAUAUAAAGGGGUGAGUGUGUUUUUGGUAGGUGAAGUGUACAUGUGCUGAAACUCAGUUCCUCCGGCCACUAGAAAAUGUUAUCUGCAGUGAAAGUUACUAAAGGCAUGCAGCGAUUAUUUAGAUUCACGAAUGGCUUUGUUGUCAAAUGUGUCUUUCUGCAUUGGCAAGAUAAACUGUCUAUUGUGGCCUCGAGGACUGAGCAGCUGAAAAUGAAAGUGAUAAGAAAAAUAUAUGAACAGCUAAAAAAACAAAAAAGGAAAAGAAAAUGUUGUGUAGUUGUGAUACUGUUGCUGUCAGAUGAAUCUUGUACAUCCAGAUGGAUUUUUUUGUUACAUUGUUCUGUUAUUGUUCUGUGAUUCAGAAUUUUUAUUUUUUAUUUUUAAAUGAACAGAAACAGCUUUUAACAAGAGUGCCUAAAUAGUUUAAGGUAUAGUUAUGUUAGUGUUAUGUCUAUACAUCUAAUAUGAAGUUAUAGCCAGCAUUCAGUUAGCUUAGCUUAGCAUAACAACUGGAAUCUGGGGGAAACAACUAGCCUGGCCACAGUGCUGUAGGUGUCAGCGCUAGAAGCACCAUAUUAGCAUUCUGCUAUAGGGGAAAAAUGCUCUGGCUUGUUUGUGUUUCUCUAAACCAAUCACAAUCACACAAUCAAACCAAUCACACAGUAACAGGGCUAACUGUUAGCAUCACGUAGCUAACGUUACAUGAGGAUUACUAAAUUGUUUAACAACAGAGUCAAACUGUUUUGGUAUUGGUGUGAGUUUGUUGGGACCAUUAAAUGGCUCAGAGUUGGGUGUUAGCGCUGCUGCUGUGUUAGCUCAUGCUAACGCUGCAAACUCGUCAGGGGGAGAGUGGCUUCAGAGACAGCAGCAACAGAAAGUUUGCUAAUCUGGCAUGGAAUCGGGUUGGUUUGGGUGUACCGUUUGACUGGAGACAUUUUGAAAGAUGUAGCUUAUUAACCCCAAAUGGCCAUGUAAGAAAAUGGAGGAACAUCCGGAAUGAGAGUCCUGUGAGACGGAAUCUGGGCUUUUCUAAAGCGCGUUCACAAGCUAUUUUAUUCAUCAAAACUUGCCAUUUUUUUGGUGUACGUUAGCUCAGAGAUUGUUGUUAUUUCGUUUAGCGAAGGGGAUUUUGAAAUCCCUAACACACAAAUAGUAGAAGGGAAGGAGAAUGGCGGUCAAAAUAGCCAGCUAAUGGCAGAUUUAUAGCCGAACUUCACAUCAUGUGAGUCAGACCAGUCCAAAGGUAGUAAAAUCCACCUGCCAGCGCCUCUAAAGCUCACUUCUUGACACAAUCUAUCUUGUUCUGAGUGUGAAAACAACACUUGGUGGUUUUAUAAGGUUUAUGUGACCUGUAAAACCACAAUAUGUCGCUUUUACGCUGCUCUUUGUGCAGAUUAUACAAACAAGAUAAUAAGUGUUAAGAAGUAGAAAUAUGUUGCUUUCGGAUAGAGCCAGACUAGCUUUUUCCCAAUGUUUCUAGAUUUUGUGCUAAACUAAGCUAAGCUAAGGUAAGCUAGGCUAAGCGGCUGCUGGCAAUAGCUUCAUAUUUAGACAUGAGAUUGGUAUCGAUUACUUUCAUCUAAGUGAAUAAGAGUAUUUCCCAAAAUACUGAACUGUUUUUUAAAGCGCAGUAGUAAAAGCCUUGUUUUUUUCUGUUGCUUUGUCGUAAACUUGUCUUGUUAUAUACAUUUUGUUUUGUUCUUAGUUUGUUUUUUGUUUUCUUGCAUAAACUGAGGAAUAGGAGACAGAGAAGUAUUGGAAUAUAGUACACAACAUGUAACACCAGCUGUGCCCUUGUAUAGAAAUUUGCAGCAGUAUAAGUAGUCAGACAUCUCUUUGAAAACCCUUUUAAGUCCAAUAUGAAAUGUAUCAACAGUUGACGUAACCUGUAACAGUCGGAUUUAGCUGCUGGCUGUACACUUAGUCUCCUACUGUAAGUGUUCUUUGAUCUAACUCAACAGAAGUCACAAAGGAGAUAAUGAAGGGGCUGCACCCUCAAACAUAAGGCUAAUGAAUUAUGAUCUGUUUGCACCACCUCAGGCAAGAGAAGCUGCACAUCCAAAUAUAUAAACAUACAUUAUAAAUGUUGUUUGGAUUUAAAAACAUGUGGUUCUUCAUCUAAAACUUAUAUAUGUGAAUUUUGCUUCUUUAAAGUUUAAAGGGCUCAUUAUACAAUAUCUGCUCUCAUAAGCAAACCACUGUUAUUUAAAGAACUCCAAUGCUUUUUGAAGACCAGUUAUACAAAUGGCUAAAGCAAAGAGAUGCCAUAGCUUCAACAACACACUGCAGAGGACUGUUUUUUUAAUGCUUGAGACAUUAUAGUCCUGCCUAGGUUCAUUUGCCUCGGGGAAAAUUGAUGUCAGUAUUGCUAAGAAUGUAUUUCUGGAGAAAUGUGUGUGUGGCAUAUAAUUAGGAGUUUUCCCUGUCACUCAGUCUGUACAUAGAAUAAAAAACAGAGACGAAGA